AUGGAAAGCUUGCAGUUGAAAGUUCUCAAAAACAACAACAACACAAAUGACUUGAAUAACAACAACAUAAACGACAUAAACAACAACAACAUCAACAUCAACAACGAUAAUGAUGACAACAACAACAACAACAAUUUAGUUUACAUCAAUAGAAACGCAACUAACAGCGUUAACAAAGUUUUAAACAACAACACCAACAACAACAAUAACAUCCUCAACAACAACAACAACAACUCAUACAUUCAUAAAAAUCACAUCAACAACAACAUCAGCACCGAGAGAAAUCAUUAUCCAUUGAGAGUUAAAAACUUCAACUCAAUGGAUCAUGCUGUCAUUUCAAACAUCAACAACAUCAACAACAUCAACAACUUCAACAAUCUCAACAUCAACAACAACAACAUCAACAACAACAUCAACAACAACAUUAUUUCUGACCCAAAAUUUAGUUUUUUUCCAGCCAGCCAAAACCAAACGCCCAUAAACUGUGCAACACCAAUGAGCGACAAACAACAACAACGUCAACAACAACAACAACAACAGCAGCUACAGCAACAACAGCAGCAGCAACAGCAGCAACAACAACAACAGCUUCGGAAAAUUUAUAAUCCCUCGCCUCGUCAUCAACAUCUUCAAUAUCAUCCAGAAUUUGAUAAAUUACAUCAACAACAACAACAAAUAUAUCGAAAACAACAACAACCAAAGAUUAAUAAUCUGCCGGAAAUUAAUGUUUCCGACGAAAACGAAAGCGGAAGUCAGGUGACCAAAAAAAUGGGUAGCGAGUCGACGCCAAACGACUCUGAAGCUACUGCCACUGACUCUGCAACCAGCUCUAAGCCAACACAGUCAGCCUGGCUGAAAUGGUCGCACGAACGUAGGGCGUCUUACAAACGUAGAAUGGAAUACAUGGAGCAAAGGCAGCAUCUGAUGAAGAACAGUAGACUGUCAUCGCCUGUAAGGAAAGCAAGGCAGGAAAGCUUGAGCAACAGUUACGAUAUUUUGUUCAACACGAAGCGAUGA